CUCGUUCACAAUUCUUUUUGGCAAGUUUGUUAGGGCUACGUCACAGUCAAAGUAAAGCCAGAAGAAAUUAAAGGGCAACUUCCUAUUUCGUAGACGACUUUGGAUGACUGGCGAUGGUGUUUAAUAAAUAGUUUUAGUUAAAGACCAAAUAAAGAAUUAUUUUAUUGGCUUCUGUAAUAUUCCCUUUUUGGCAAUAUUAUUUUCUCAACUCAAUGUGACCUACAUGACUCAAUAAUGUUUCCCAUUUCCAUCACCUAAAAAUUUCAUCUUAUUGCGUAUUAUACUUUGCAUGCGAGGCCUAUAUAUAGGAAGAUAAAUUAUGUGUUUCAAAGAGUACGCUAAAUAUAUUAAAGAGACAGAAGAGAGUUGAAACUUGAUAAAGACGGUUCAAGUUCAGCUCUCAGCUUAAAAAAUGGGUGAAGGUGAUGAAGUGAAGUCCAAGUCGAAUGGAACACCGAGGCCAAAGUCCAAUCCUGGAACACCUAGGCCAGUCUACACGACGCCGUCGCCGCCGAUAUCAGCUCCUCCAUCGCAGCUUCACUCUCCAUCUUUAACACGGUCACCUCUUCUGGCCUCUCCUGAUUACAUAGAGCCGAGCAAAACCCCAAAAAACUCAACUCCAAGAAAUUCAACCCCGAGAAUUAGAACGCCACGCUUUAUCACCCCUUUGAGUAGCCCUAUCAGAGCAGCUCUUAAACUAACAAGGCUUGACCCUCAUGACGCUUGGCUUCCCAUCACUGAGUCCCGCAAUGGAAAUGCCUACUACGCCGCGUUUCAUACUCUCUGCGCGGGAAUUGGAAUUCAAGCUCUUGUUCUCCCUGUGGCCUUUCCUAUUCUUGGGUGGAGUUGGGGUGUAAUAAGCUUGACACUGAUCUUCAUAUGGCAACUUUACACUCUUUACAUACUAGUGGCACUCCAUGAAUCUGUUGAAACUGGGAUGCGUUACAGCAGAUAUCUUCAACUUUCUAGUGUAGCUUUUGGAGAGAAGCUAGCGAAGUGGCUAGUCAUAUUCCCACUGCUGUAUCUAUCAGCAGGGACAUGCAUGGCUCUGGUGAUGAUAGGAGGAUCAACAUCGAAGAUAUUCUACGAGAUAGUGUGUGGGGGCACGUGCUCCGCCGGCCCGGCGCCAUUAACACCUGUUGAGUGGCACCUGGUUUUUACAGGUGCAGCAGUUAUACUUUCUCAGCUCCCCAACUUGAACUCUAUUGCCGGUGUUUCGCUGAUCGGUGCCGCCACUGCCGUUGGGUAUUGUAGCUCCAUUUGGGUGAUCUCAGUUACGAAAGGUAGGAUGCCUGGCGUCUCGUACGACCCCGUUCGACCUCCAAAUGACACCGAGAAGAUUUUUGAUAUUUUAAAUGCCCUUGGAAUCGUUGCUUUUGCAUUUAGAGGCCACAAUCUUACUCUUGAGAUUCAGGCUACUAUGCCUUCUGAUGAGAAGCAUCCGUCAACUGUGCCCAUGUGGAGGGGUGUCAAAUUUGCAUAUCUAGUCAUUGCAAUGUGCAUAUUCCCUCUCGCCAUUGGAGGCUACUGGGCGUAUGGUCAAUUGAUUCCAGAAAAUGGGGGCAUGCUAACGGCCUUGUAUGCCUUCCAUCGUCUCGACACAUCACGAUUCAUCCUAGGAUUAACAAGUUUGUUCGUCAUAAUCAACGCCGUCAGCUCAUUCCAAAUCUAUGGCAUGCCAGUAUUUGAUGCUUUGGAGUCAGUCUACACAAGAAGGAUGAAGGGGCCCUGUCCAUGGUUUCUCCGAUCGCUCUUCCGUGUCAUUUUCGGGUUCUUCAUGUUCUUUUUAGCCGUGGCAGUACCGUUGCUGGGAAGCUCAGUCGGUCUAGUCGGGGGAGUCGCAUUGCCAGUGACAUUAGCCUAUCCAUGUUUCAUGUGGCUUAAAAUCAAGAAGCCUAAAAAAGAUACUUGUAUGUAUAAGCUCAAUUGGUUACUUGGACUCCUAGGACUUACUUUAAGUGCAGCGGUUGUUGCUGGAGGAGUUUAUGUUGUGAUUACUAAAGGUGUUAAGGUUAAUUUCUUCCACCCUAACUGAAAUAUUUGUGUAAUUCUAGAGGCAAAUUUAGGAGUGAGUGAGUUAUAGAAUUAAUUAGGAUUUAUGGUACUAUAUUUUUUAUUAUAAAUUAUGGCAUAAUUUUUAGAUCAUGGCAAUUAGGUUUAUGGAGUGUAAAUGGUGUAAAAAUCAUUUCAUGAUUUUUGUAAAAAUUAUGGUGUGAUUGAUUUGAGCAUUUUUUAAG